AUGGUCGACGAGAACGACCCUACUCAUCAGAAUCCUACAAAGGACGUCGAGUACGAUGCUCAUCGUAAUCCUACAAAGGACAUCGAGUACGAUGCUCAUCAGAAUCCUACAAAGGACGUCGUUACUGCACAUCAGCAGAAUCCUACAAAGGAUGUCGUUACUGCACAUCAGCAGGUUACUGCCCAGGAGGAGGAUGAUGCUCAUCAGAAUCCUACAAAAGACGUUGAGGAGAACGAGGAGGUCGACGAGAACGACCCUACUCAUCAGAGUCCUACCAAGGACGUCGAGGAGAACAUGGAAUCAGACUACUACGAUCCUACUCAUCGCAGGAACGUGAAAUCCAACGGCUAUGAUCUUACUUAA